CCGGCCCUUUCCCUCUGUAGUUCUUUCUUAUGUGGCAGCAAGACUGUCAGGCCAGGAUUCUGAACUCCCCACCCCAGCUAAUCCCUAACCCAGGUCCCUGAGUCGCCUGCCCACCUCAGAAGUCUCUCCCUGAGAACUCUUUCCCCUCCGGCCAAUUGAGAGAGCACACGGCAAGGACUGAGCAGUUGAGAGUCAUUGAUGGGGGGCAAAGAGAGAGGACUGUGAGAAAAAGCAUUCAGCCAGUUGUAACGACGCUCACUCUUCGGUAACUGCUGAAACUUUCUCAUCGGGCACUGGGGGCAGCCUUGUCAGCACUUUGCUCAAAGACUUAUAACCCCCCUCCCCUUGCAGUGCUCUAGAGACUCAGAGGAGAAAAAAAUGCUUUCAAGGUUCACCAUGUUUCUGUGUAUCCCAGUACAAUUUGCUGUGUAUUGCUUUUUGUUCUUUAUUUCACGGGACUUCAACCUCAAUAAAAUCAGUCAUUGCUGGACAAAAAGACUUGUCCAGUUCGCCGUAGACAAUAGGGUGCCCAGAGAUGCUCAGGGCAACCUUUGCAGAGGAGGAUCUGUUGUACUGUGUAAUUUGUUUCCAAUCACCCACCCCUUUGUUUUGCUCUUGUAAGUCUUUGCUUCUCUCCAAAGCUCUCUAACCCUCAGUCAAAUCUGUGACCUGGAGGAUGCUUUGGGUUUUGCUGUAAUGCAAAACUUAAGGCUUUUGGUGUUUCUCAACAGAAUACUUAUUUUUUUAUAACAGGAUAUAAAUAAAAUAAUAAAAAAUGUUUUUACAUCUUACCAAGGGUUAGACCAGUCACUUUUUUCUUCUUUAAAUUAAUAAACAUUUUCAAUAAUGUAAAAAUGUCUCCUGUAAUUAUUUGGUCCUUAAAUUGUUCAGUGCAUCAGCAAGAAAGACUGAUCCAGUGUUUGGUCCAUGAUAAAUUGUCUUCUCUGUGAGGUGUCAUUUUGUCAAGAUGUUUUGAUAUUUGUUAGGUUGGCAGAUGAGUUUUGGGCCUCUGGCAACAUAGAAACUAAGGAACAGGGUGUUGUAUCAGUAAGCUUUGAAGAGGAUGAAGAUGGAAACUUAUGUUUAAUAGCAUAUCCAUUAAAAGGGGACCAUGGUAAUUUAGACAGUAUAGAUAAUUCAGACUGCGAACCCAAAAAUAAGCUCUUAAGGUGGGCUAACAAAAAGACUCAUUUACUAGAAACGGAGAAGAUCACCAAGGAGUGGGUCCGACAGCACAGAAAAGAGGAAAAAAUGAAAAGUCAUAAGUUAGAAGAAGAAUUUGAGUGGUUAAAAAGCUCAGAAGUCUUAUACUACAGUUUAGAGAAAAAGGGGAAUGUGAGCUCGCAGAUGAAACACCAUAACCCUUGGAGUAUGAAAUGUCACCAGCAGCAGCUACAGCGCAUGAAAGAAAAUGCCAAACAUCGGAACCAGCACAAAUUUAUCUUACUGGAAAAUUUAACCUCUCGCUACCAAGUCCCCUGUGUCCUGGACCUGAAAAUGGGAACCCGGCAACAUGGGGAUGAUGCAUCAGAGGAGAAGAAAGCUAACCAGAUCCGGAAAUGCCAGCAGAGCACAUCUGCAGUCAUUGGGGUCCGUCUAUGUGGGAUGCAGGUCUACCAGACAGGGAGUGGCCAGCUCAUGUUCAUGAACAAGUACCACGGGAGAAAGCUCUCUGUCCAGGGGUUCAAGGAAGCCCUCUACCAGUUUUUUCAUAAUGGCAGGUACCUACGCCGAGAACUCUUUGAGCCUAUCAUAAAGAAACUGACGGAGCUGAAAUCAGUAUUAGAAACCCAGGAGUCCUACCGAUUCUACUCCAGCUCACUGCUUAUCAUCUACGAUGGCAAGGAGCUGCCAGAGGUGGCUGUGGACUCGGACCCCGAGGACCUGGAGGAUCUGUCUGAGGAAUCAUCAGAUGAAUCGGCAGGAGCCUACGCCUAUAAGCCGGCUGUCAGCACGGUGGAUAUCCGCAUGAUAGACUUUGCCCACACUACCUGUAGGCACUACGGUGAGGACAGCAUCGUGCAUGAAGGCCAGGACACAGGCUACAUUUUUGGACUUCAAAGCUUAAUAGAUAUUAUUACAGAAAUAAGUGAUGAGAGUGGGGAAUAAACCAUUUGAACGCAUACCUAUUUGCAGAGAGCACUGUUGCGACUCUUUGUAUUCCAGAGUAUUGGCUGCUCUGUGUUGGGGAGGAGCCCCAGGGAGUGUAGGGGAGGGGCCACUGGAGCUCACAAACCUUGGAGUCUUUAUUUAUUUUACCUAUUUCUUAAACAUUCCAUAUUUGAUGAUGCAGAUACCUCUUUUCUUCCCUGUGUGUAUAUGUUCCAAUAAAACAUUUUUGUUCAUUGUAAAUAUGCGGCUGUCAUUCCUGGUGGGGUUUGUGUUAUUAUCAGCUCCCCAGAAACUGUGGACUAUGGUUCUGAGCUACAUCAGGGUAAGAGUAGACAUCUCUCAUCAACAGAGAUUACACUGGGAACUCUGAGCCCCAUAAAGUACAAGACAGCAGCAGCAGUUCCCAAAUCCCCCUAUGCCCACCAAGGGUAACUUAGCUUGGGCCCUGAGAGACCUAGAGUGGGACUUGUAGUUAGUGCCUGAACAACUAUCCCAGGUUUCCUUUCUUUGCCACUUGUUGUUCUCUUGGGCUGUCCCAGCCCACAAAGUUCUGUGGGGUGGGCCUGAGAACCCACUGCUCUUAGAUCAAAGAUGUCAAAAACAGGUGCCCCAUGUGGUCUGAAACACUCCCAAGUGCAGCCCAAACCAACUAUUGAAAUGUAAUUGGUAAUCAAUAAAACUAAGAGCUGGUUUUAUGAAAAAAAAAACAACAAUAAAAUAGAUAAAAUAUUGGUUAAUUUGAUUAAAAAAAAGAAAGAAGAAAAC